UAGAAAAAUUUUAAAGGAUAAUAGAAAAAUUUUAAAGGAUCAAUAGAAAAAUUUUAAAGGAUCAAUAGAAAAAUUUUAAAGGAUCAAUAGAAAAAAUUUAAAAACCCUCCUUUUUCAAAAUAGAACGCAUUCUUGAAACACUUUGAUGUCACAUCCACAACAUCGCCAUUAACACCAUUCAGCCUUUUGCACCUCCAAAAUAGAAGAAUUCUCUUUCCCAUUUGUUUUCGUUUUAUUUUCUCCGGUCACUAAUAAAAAAUAUAUCUGACAAAAUGUGCGCCACCGGUUAUUUCCACCAAGUUUCCAUGGCUCGUUACACGUUACUGUAUAAUAACAACAAGAACAAUAAGAAGAUUUAUGGUGAUGCAAGCGAUUUCACUGAAGAUAGAGACGACGGAAGCAGAGGAAGAAUCGAUGAAUCGAUCCAUCAAGUUAACUUGGUGGUUACCGGAGAAGCUGAGACGGGGAAAGCUUCAUUGAUAGAUAAAUUCGUGAAGAAAAACUGCGUUUUGAACCACCGAGGUGAACUCAGCCAUAAUAUGUUGCAGAGAAGAACAGAUGAAGAUACAAAAAGAUGGCAAAGAAUUCUUCUCCAUCUGAAGGACACCAGCACCGACGCCCAAUGGGAAAUUUCGCACCGUUCAAUCGUUCACGGUUAUUUGAUUGUAUUCGAUGUGACAAACAAAGAAACCUUCGUCAAUGUCCCUAAAUGGUGUUCCAAAAUCUUCCAAAAAGCUUCCCCUGUAUCACGAAUUAUUCUCGUGGGACUGAACGACGGUUCGAAACAGCGACUCAUCAGCGAAAAACAGGCGACCGACCUUGCAGCGAGUCUUGGUCUGAUUUAUCAGGAAGUUGAUUUAGACACAAUGGAAUCGAUAUCUUCUCUCUUUUAUCGAAUGAUCGAUAUGAUUCUAAGCGACAGCCGGAAGUGCCGACCGGAAAUGGAUAAGUAAAUGGAUGUAGGAUUUCAAAAUUUUGGUGUGUGGAUGGGUCUUUCCGUGUGUUUGUCAGUGUUAUAUAUAUAUAUAGGUAUAAAAAUUAUAUAUAAAAAAAGGAACAUGAACGUAAAAUACACAAAGAAACGAACACAAAAAACGGACGCGUCAUUCGAAGCCUUUAAUCUUCAGUCAGAAACCGGAUCAUCACAGCAAAUUUCGGCUGAUUAAUCCUGAUAUUUGCUCCGAAACGGCCCAGCCCCAAGGAA